AUGAACGCGAACCUUCCCAACAAGUCUUUCCCUGACCAAGUGCACGGCACGUUCCUCCUCGCCGUGCGCGAAAGUGCAAGACAAGCCCUUUGUGCAAGUUCCCUGCAAGAAAGCAGGCUCCGGUGCUGCACUGAUGCCACACGCCACUGCAUGCAUCGCACACCUGCCUGUAACCAGAACUUGCAGAUCGUUUUCUUAGCAUUGGGACCUAGAUGUCAGGUCCAUCUUUGGCUCUACAAGGUUCGUGGUGCUCAGAAGCGCAAGAUCUGUGUCGUGCCACCCAUCAUGGCGGUCGCUUCUUCUGGAGGUGACACGGGCAUCCCAACUUCCUCAGCACCUGCGCAGCGCUGA